AUGGAUGAAAAUGUGCAUUUCUUCCUUGUUUUUCCCGUCCAGAUCUCAUCAUCCAUAAUUAUUCAUGACAAUUAUGAUGAUAGUGAUAAUGAUAACAAUGAUAUUGCCGAUGAUGAUGGUGAUGGUGAUGAUGAUAGUAGUGAUGAUAAUGUUGAUGAUGAUGAUAAUA